AUGGGCUCCUUUGGCGGCCAUGUUCGGCCGCCGAGUCACGUCGGCACUGGGCCGUGGUUGGCAGCUGCUGCAGGUGCCAGUGCAAUGGGUGUGGCCUGCAGAUCUCAUGGCGUAACCGCAGAUGGUCACGGUCAGUUGGUGGAAGGUGCCGACCUGUCGCAGCUGCCCUUCCUCUACGGAACAGCCUGGAAGGAGCAACAGACCACGGAGCUGGUGGUCCAGGCCAUUAGGGCCGGUUUCCGUGGCAUCGAUACGGCCUGUCAGCCGAAGCACUACCAAGAGGAUCUGGUGGGGAAGGCGCUGCAGCGCUUGUCAGUAGAAGACAACCUGCCCAGAGAGAAAUUGUGGCUUCAGACGAAGUUCACAGCUCUCCGGGGCCAAGACCCCCGCAGGAUACCCUACGACCCCAAGGCGCCAUUGGCCACUCAAGUGGAACAGUCCAUCCAAAGAUCUUUGCAAAAUCUGGGCACCUCCUAUCUUGACUCCUUGGUGAUGCAUUCGCCCAUGCCCACCUUGGAAGAGAACUUGGAGGUGUGGGGUGUGUUCGAGCGCGCCUUGCAGGCUGGACAGGUGCGUCAGCUGGGCAUCAGCAACUGCUACGAUCCCCGGGCCUUUCAGAUGAUCUACGAGGCCGUUAGGAUCAAACCCAAAGUGCUCCAGAAUCGUUUCUAUGCAGACUCCGGCUAUGACCGCGAAUUGCGCGCCUUCUGCUUGGAAAAGGGCAUCAAAUACCAGACUUUCUGGACUUUGACGGCGAACCCUCACGUCUUGGUGCUGCCCCCCAUCCGCAAGGCGGCGGAGCGGCUCAAGGCCAGCCCCGCGCAGGUGCUGUUCGCGUGGCUCAUUCGUUCGGGGCAUCAGCCGCUGACGGGGACCAGGAGUCUUGAACACAUGAAACAAGACCUUGAAGCUGCCCAGAUGGUCCUGACAGGCGGCAGCAGCUACAGCUCCCUGAGCUCUCGGGGCUUCUUUGGAUCGGGAGGCCUGGCGGCACAUCAGGAUGCGCUACCACCGGAGGUGAAGGCUUUGCACAUCAAAGGCUUUUCGAACUUUAUUGUCUUCUCAGGCUCCAAUUUGCUCUUCUGCAUCUUUGCUGUCACCUUGGCUUCAGCUAGGUUCGCUUUCCUUGGACGUAGCCGUUCGCCCUAUGACGAAGUCUUGGGAGAGGCUCCAUGA